CUUCGAACAACCACCUUAACACGAUGUCCGUGCGGAAGCUCUUACCUUUCUGCCUUCCUUCAUAAUCCUUUUAUCUCAUCGCCGAGUCCUCGGAAAACAUCAAUUUCGAUACAUAAAAUCUCAAAUUCAUCUUAUUUGACGUUAAAAGUACCUACAGAAAGUUCAUAGCCAUGGCCGAAGCUCAAACAAGUAAUCCCGAAGCUCCCAAAGCUGAAGCCCCCAAGCCGGAAGCACCUAAAGCCGACGAGUCCACGACUCCCAUCCAAAAGCUCUGGAAAACCGUGCAGGCUCAGUCUCACCCCGAAAUUUGGGGCGUCACUCUAGCCAAUCCCGCCACUCAUGUUCCCAGCCAGAUUGUGCUACAGAAGUACCUAAAUGCCAACGACGGCGAUCUCGUCAAAGCCAAAGAACAACUUACCAAGACCCUAGAAUGGCGCGCCAAGCUCCAGCCCUUAGAGCUCAUCAAGAAGAGCUAUUCGAAGGCUAAGUUCGAGGGUUUAGGCUACGUCACCAAGUAUUUUGCCAGCGAUGAGAAAGCUGCUGAGGAGAAUCCCGAAGCUAAGGAAGUCUUCACUUGGAAUAUCUAUGGCGGCGUCAAGUCUAUGGAGGAGACGUUCGGUAACCUUGAAGAAUUUAUCAAUUGGCGUGUCGCGCUCAUGGAGCUAGCUGUGCAGGAGCUUUCACUAUCCACAGCGACGAAGCCCAUCACGGCUGACUAUGACCCUUACAAGAUCUUCCAGGUGCACGACUACAAGUCUAUCAGCUUCCUACGACAGUCGCCCCAGGUCAAGGCUGCUAGUACCGAGACCAUCCGCGUCUUCGCUACGGGAUAUCCGGAGCUUCUUAAGGAGAAGUUCUUCGUCAACGUACCUAUCAUCAUGGGCUUCAUGUACGGUGUUAUGAAGCUGUUCGUCGCUCCUAAAACCAUCAAGAAGUUCCAUCCCAUGUCUAACGGCGGAGCUCUAUCCAAGGAAUUCGGCGAGAGCAAAGUCCCCGGCCUUGGCGACAAGAUUCCUACCGAGUAUGGUGGUAAGGGUGCGGAUUUGAAGGUCGAGGGUAAGGGACCGUCCGUAGAGUAAACUUGGCCGGUACCGGGUUUGAGGGAUAAUUUGUGAUUACGGGUUAACUGGGCUGGGCGAUAAAUAAUGGAGGAUACCAGUAAUGAGGCACGAAUAAUUUGGCUUGCGUUGCGUUUAGACCCCAAGAUAUCUCACCUUUAUGUUUUGAUUUAGCUCUAUUUAGUAACGGAAUGUGCAAUAUUAUGGAUCUUCUUCCUUG